AUGGUCCGAUUCCAUCACCAGCCCUUUACAUACAAGCAUGAAUGGCAGACUGUUACCGCCGCUAUAUGGCAAAAGUACCCAAAUCCAUUCGCUAGGCAUGUCUUGACUGCAGAUGUCAUUGAACGAACUACGGACCCAGUCACAGGCAAGUCUUAUGCAGAACAAGAAGGAGAGAGGAGGCUGUACAUGAACGCAGCAUCUAGAUUACGACUACGUAUUAUGCACACGACAAGGCUGUUUACAAAGGCUGGCAUGAUGCCCAAAUGGGGUCGAACGUUCUUCAAUGUCGCCGGCACAGCAUACAUAAUCGAACACUCAACGAUCGAUCCAAUAACUCGAGUAAUGACUACCCAAACACGAAACUUGAGUCACUCGAAACUAAUGCUGGUGCUUGAAACACAACGAAUACGACCGCAUCACGAAAACCCUGACUGGACUGUUGCUGAUACCGAAGCCAAAAUCAUCUCAAAUACUGCAUUUGCUCCAUUAAGAGGUCGAGUUGAAGAGUUUGGAGUGUCCAAGUUUCGGGAGAAUUGCAUCAAGAGCUCGAAUGGUCUCUUACGGGUCAUACAGAGGCUCAUCGGCAAGGCCGAUCCUCAUGAAUUCGCUUGGGAGCCACUGUAA